CAGACGUCGUCCAUCAGAGUGUUUAUGACGUCAUUCAUAUGGAGGACCGAGCAGAGUUACAGAGACAGCUCCACUGGGCCCUGAACACCCCUGACACCGGACAGCUGGUCUCAGAUUCAUCCUCGCCACAGGAUGUCAGUCUACAAGCCAGAGGCACUCCCACCAGAGAAUUCCACCUUCCUGGAACGCAACUUUGUCUGCAGGUUAAGAUGUCUCCUGGACAACGCCACUGGCUUCCUAGCCCUGAACAUCCAGGGGCGUCUAAAGUUCCUCCAUGGCCAGAGCGAGAGGACAAAGGAGGGCAAGGCCAUCCCGCCUCAGCUGGCUCUGUUCGCCCUGGCCUCUCCCUUGCAGCCCCCCACCAUCCUGGAGAUCCGCACCAAGAACUUCCUCUUCAAGACCAAGCACAAGCUGGACUUCACCCCCAUUGCCUGCGACGCCAAAGGGAAGAUGGUGCUGGGUUACACUGAGGCUGAGCUGUGCAACCAUGGCUCGGGAUACCAGUUCAUCCAUGCUGCUGACAUGCUGCACUGUGCUGAGAACCACAUGAGGAUGAUAAAGACCGGAGAGAGUGGGAUGACAGUAUUCAGGCUGCUGACCAAGCUGACAGGCUGGGUGUGGGUGCAGGCAAACGCCAGACUGGUCUACAAGAACGGACGGCCUGAGUGUAUUAUCGCAUCCCAAAGAGUCCUCACUGAUGAAGAGGGAGAGGACAACCUAAGGAAGCGGAGCCUCCAGCUGCCUUUCAGUUACACCACUGGGGAGGCUCUUCUCUACAAUACCAGCUUCCCCAAGACUCUACUAACAGGGGACUCCUUAGCAGGCGACACCACCAGCCGUGCAGGAAAUAUCACCAACAACAACCAGGAUGGAACCCUGGACCCUGACUCACUGCUGGGCUCUCUGCUGAAACAGGACAAGUCCAUCUACUGCUGCUCCCCUCACACUCAGAACGAGCUCCAACUCCCUCUCCAACUCCAGGAGGAGGUGGCAGGGGUUCCACAGGAGGAGGUGGCAGGGGUUCCACAGGGGGAUUGUGGGGGCAUCUUCUCCAGCAGCUGGCAGGAGGGCAGCAUCCGCUCUCUGUCGGAGAGUGUCCUCUUCAAGCAGAAGCCGUUGGGGGUUGGGGGUGGCGGGGGGAUUGGCGGCUUCUCAUCGGAGGACAGAGACAGCGACAGGGAUUUGUGGAGCUUCAUGAUGAACCUGGGCAUCAGUAGGGAGGACCUGGAGCUGUUCCAGCAGGAUGAGAUGUUCCUCGAUGUGGAUCUGGACACUGGCCGAGACUGCCUCCUUCCUGACCUGACAGACGAGAUUCUCUCCUACGUACAGGAGUCUCUGAGGAAGAGGUCGGACUGGGGUCAGACUGUAUUCUCUUGCAGGGGGGCUAAGUUAGGGGAACAGGACUAUAGCUGCCAUACCACGCUGUUACACCAACCAUCUAUGGAACAAUCACAAACCCCACAUCUACAUUCUACUACAGUUCUGUUACACCAACCAUCAACCUCACAACCACAUUAUUCUACAGUGCCUCAGUGUUUGUCACAGAUACAGCCACCACAGCUGCCUGGAGUCCAUCCCCUAUCAGUUCACCACUAUCGGCCUCCGCCCCACUACCCACAGCAGCCAAUACCGCAGCAGUAUUUACACACACAGCCCCACCCACAGGCAACACAGCAGCAGAAACAGAGCCAUCUAAAUGGACAGGUAUUGCCAAACCAACAGCAGCAGCAGCUGUGUAACAGACUGAAGCACAUGCAGGUGACUGGGACGGGUUCAAUAACACAAAGACAGAAAGACAUCAUCAAGCAGCAGCAGCAGAUUCCUCCAUUGUUCAAUGUGGAGCAGCCAGGGGGGCUCCAGACUCACCACGGCCACCCCCAGCAUGGACACCUCUGCCUGGGGGAAGCUUCCCUGGGCCGCCCCUACAGGAACCAGCUGAACACUGUGUCUGUUAGCCGCUCUUCAGUGCUCUCCUCCUAUGUACCCGCCCCAUGGAACAAGAUCAAAUGUAUUUAUAAAGUCCUUUUUUACAUCAGCAGAUGUCACAAAGUGCUUAUUCAGAAACCCAGCCUUAAACCUAGGGCCCUGAACUAAUUAUGUAAAAUGUUAGACCUAUGCGCUUUACUUCCUCUAGCUAUAUGCUCAUCAUAUGAACGUUGAAUACCAAUGGCACAUACUUACUCGCGCAUCAGAUUUAACAAGGGAAUGAGACAUUAGAAACAGAAGGUCAUUAUCAUUUGAUCAUUGAAAGCCAGUGGGUAUUUACACAUCAAGGCAAUUUAGACCAGAAAAGGGAGGUUUAGCUAAGUCGGCCAUUUUCCUCUGUUCCAGUUCCAGAACAGGAGCCUGAAGGAGGCUGCUCCAGCCUCUGGCCCUGUACCCAACCCUGGAUCCUCCAGGGGGGCAGACCAUGGACAUGCAGCAGCGGGGCAGCCAAUUCACCAGCCUCCUCCUCCCUCUGCUGAGAGCAGGCCCUACCCUGACCUCCCUCUGAGUGGAUUUAUGUGAGACUGAAGGCCCUCCUCCCUGGAGGCUCCAGAAUCAGACAUUCCAAGGCCAGCCAGCUGCCCCCGGUCCCUCGGAGGGAGCAGAGCCCUGACUGACGACAGCGCCACACAACAGAGGCUAGAGGGGAGAAGGAUCCUCCUGUCUGGCACCCAGCUGCACAUGGCUCCCCUGCGACCACUAAGGCUGUUUCCCAAAUGUGCCCUUGUCAAAAGUAGUGCACUAUAUAGGAGAUAGGGUACAAUUUGGGCUGCUGUCUAAAACAGGAACCAGGGCAUGUCUGGGAAUAUGGAGGACUUGGACUGGAGAGGUCCCGUGUGGAUCAUUUUGUUAGAGCUUGGCACUUGCAACACCAGGGUUGUGGGUUCGAUUCCCAUGGGGGACCAGUAUGAAAAUGUAUGCACUCACAACUAUAAGUCGCUCUGGAUCAGAGCAUUUGCUAAAAUGCUAAAAUGUAAAAGUGAGAUUCACAUCCAGAGAAACUGUCUGAACGUCAGACAGCAGGCAGAGGGACAGUCCGAGACAGAGAGAUUGUGACAGACAGACGGAGGGAGACGAGAGGAAGUGGAUAAUCAAUCAAAUUUAUUUAUAAAGCCCUUCUUACAUCAGCUGAUGUCACAAAGUGCUGUACAGAAACCCAGCCUAAAACCCCAAACAGCAAGCAAUGCAGGUGUAGAAGCACGGUGGCUAGGAAAAACUCCCUAGAAAGGCCAGAACCUAGGAAGAAACCUAGAGAGGAACCAGGCUAUGAGGGGUGGCCAGUCCUCUUCUGGCUGUGCCGGGUGGAGAUUAUAACAGAACAUGGGCAAGAUGUUCAAAUGUUCAUAGAUGACCGGCAGGGUCAGAUAAUAAUGAUCACAGUCGUUGUAGAGGGUGAAACAGGUCAGCACCUCAGGAGUAAAUGUCAGUUGGCUUUUCAUAGCCGAUCAUUCAGAGUAUCUCUACCGCUCCUGUUGACUCUAGAGAGUUGAAAACAGAAGGUCUGAGACAUGUAGUACGUCUGGUGAACAGGUCAUGGUUCCAUAUCCGCAGGCAGAACAGUUGAAACUGGAGCAGCAGCACGACCAGGUGGACUGGGGACAGCAAGGAGUCAUCAUGCCAGGUAGUGCAUAGAAAUGUAAUGGACUAAUGACCUGUUUGAAUGUGGACUUGCUUUAAAAAGGAAACUCUUGUCAAGCCAUUUUGUUUGUCCAGAAGAACAUCCCGUUGGUGCAGUCAUGGUUUACUGGUCAGUGUGUCAGCAUGCCCUGUCAUGAACCUGAUGUAAUACUGAACAAGCAGUUCUUCCAUUGGUCAAUGAGUAAGAUGAGAUGAUGCAGAACUCAAAUGUUACCAAUCCGCUUCUUUUAGAUCAUAAUGAAUAUGAUUAUAUGGAGAAGGGGGGUGGAUCUGAUCCUAGAUCAGCACUCCUACUCUGAGACAUUUUAUGAAUACGGAGCCUUGCUUUUAAAUAUAUAUAAGCCAUUGAUUGCUUAGAAAUAAUCGCUUGCAUUUAAAGGUGCAGUUGAAUGAAACAAACCAUAAGCUAUUUGAGCUAUCCAUGAGAUGGAGUAUCUGUCUACACUGUGCUUGAUAUUUUUGUACAGAAUGCAUUGACAAUCCUACUAAAUCAUGAAGUAAUAUUAUGAGCAAUUUGAUCGCUUUAUGGAUCCUGUCUAUCUGUUCUUCAGCCCACUCACUUGCAUUGCAAGACAGGCAAAGUAAUAAUAAUGUAUAGAUGAGUUAGUAGUCCAAGACCCAAUUACAUUUUCUACAUCUCAAAUAGCACUCUAUGCCCUAUGUAGUGCACUACUUUUGACCAGGACCCAUAGGGCUCUUGUCAAAAGUAGUGAGCUAUAUUGUGAAUAGGGUGCCAUCUAUAGGGAAUAGGGUGCCAUCUGGGUCAUUGCCAUUGAGUUCAAGUGGCAAAUCAAUGUGUUUGAUCUACAUAUCUAACUUGAAGAAAAAUGUAUGCACUUAUUUAUGGCAAAAUAACCUAUUGCACUCUUAGUGAAAGUAGAAGACUGUUGUAUGUAGCGCUAUAAAUAAUGUACCUUGUUUAACUGAGCCAAUCAUGUUCAUGUUGCUAUGCAGAAUAGUGCAGUGGAACAUUAGACCCCUUGUUGUUUGGAGGUCUGUCACUUCAUUGACAUAAUUCUGUGAAAGUCGGGGUUUAUUUAAUUUAUUUUGUCAAAAAACAAAUCAAACUUUAAAUAUCUUCAAAUUCAUUCAAUGAAAAUGUUCAGUUUUGCAUUUGUUUGUAUUUUGUAUGAAAUUGUGUACAAUUUAUGUAAUGAGCAAUCAUGACACUGCAGGAAGAGAAAGUUUACCAUUAUUCUGUUCUUUCACACGCUGAUAAAUGUUGACCAAGUACAGUUGAAGGGUUUUAUUUACACUAGCCCUUGACCAAAUACAGUUGAAGGGUUUUAUUAAUACUGCUGUACAGGGUAGGUUUUCUGUCAUAAAUAAGUUGGUUAAACGAUGUCACAGGUAGGCUUGUAAAGCUACCGGUAAUUUACCAGAGUUACUGGAAUCUUCUAUAAUUUUGGUAAUUAGCACAGACUGCAAUAAAUUCCCUUAAGUUCAGUCAUUUAUACUUUUUUUAUUAUACUUUUUUUUGUUGUACUUUGGAUCCCUUUUUCUCCACAAUUUUUGUGAUAUCCAAUUUGUAGUUUCGUCUUGUCCCAUCGCUGCAACUCCCAUACGGACUCAGGAGAGGCGAUGGUCGAGAGCCCUCCGAAACACGACCCUGCCAAGCCACACUUUGUCUUGACACACUGCUCAUUUAACCCGGGGGCCAGCCGCACCAAUGUUUCUGGAGGAAAAUCUGGUGACCGUGUCAGCGUGCAUGCGCCCAGCCCGCCACAGGAGUCACUACAGCGCGAUGUGACGAGGACAUCCCGGACGGAAAGAAAAACCCUUCCCUAACCCGGACGACGCUUGGCCAAUUGUGCGUUGCCUCAUGGGUCUCCUGGUCAUGGCCGUCUGCGACACAGAUGGGGAUCAAACCCACAUCUGUAGUGACGCCUCAAGUGUAUUUAGAUAAAAUAGCCUUACUAAGGAAAAAAGCAUCUAAUCAACAAUGGCAUUAUUAUCAUUUGACUCUGCAACUCUUUCAACUAUUGACUUUUAUCACAGCUGCCACUAGUUUGAUGGCAAAACAUUGAUAACAAAUACAUCUUGACAUAGUAGCAAAAUAUAUAAAGGAUAUUUUAUGCUGAAACCCUCAUAUUUAACACUGAAUGUAUUUGCUAAGUUUGGUUGAUAUUUAUGAAAAUGUUUUAGUGUUGUCAUCUUUAAUUAUUUCAUAUUUUACAUGUGAUAAGGCCACACAGUGGGCCAGAGAUGAUUAGACACCUGUAAUAAUCUGAAGUACCAAACAUGGCCACUAGAUGUGCUAAAUGACAAAAAAUUCUUGAAAGUUACAAAACGUUUUAGGUAGGUAAAACCCCAACACUCUGGACAGACAGGAACACAGUAGAGCUGAUGCAGCUUUAUAACACCCUGAGGAAGGAUGAAAUGCACCAUUCAAUAAUAAACAUCUUUAAUUCAA